UGGAGGGUCUGGGAGUGGGAGGAUCAGCUCGGCAGCGAUCCUUCUGGCUUUGUUACGCCCGGGAAGCCAUUUUGGAAAUCUGCUUGUUGUGCACUAGCACAGCAGUCUCUCGCCACUUGUAAACUUUGGCGUAUUUCUGUGAGAAAAUAGCGUUGAAGGAUUUGUGGAUCCGCAGUCAUAAAUAACCCUUUUGGGGGUUCCGCGCGUCGGGAUGCUGGCAGAAGUUUGCGCAUGUUCCCUGAUAGUACUGUGUGGAUCUUACUCAUUUGGAUUACGCUCUUAAAGAAUAACAGCAUAAAUGGAGCCUAACCACGGGGUCUAAACAAAGAAGUCUGAACAUGGAUUUUUCCCAGCUGCACACAUACACGCCACCACAGUGUGCUCCAGAGAACACCGGCUAUACUUACUCUCUCAGCUCCAGCUAUUCAACAGCAGCGUUAGAGUUUGAGAAAGAGCACCAGAUAGCCCCUGUGUACGAGUCGCCCAGGAUGUCACGACGGAGCCUGCGUCUGCAGACCAGUGCCAGUCACUAUGGAAACGAGAACCUGGCUGAUUACUCCCAGAACCACCACCACAGCAGCAGUAGCAGCAGCAGCUACACCAGCACCAGGAGAGAGACACGGACGCUGCGGAGCAGAAAGCAACAGUCCAGUUCCAACUCCCUGUCUUUAUCCCUGAGCCAGGCCGCCACACCGAGGAAAACCCUCACCUUCUCAGCUGCUAAUACCCCUAUUAACAGCAGCAGCAGCUUGCAGCAAAGCAGCACAGCGUCUGAUGCCGCUCAGAUCACAGCCAUCGUGGAGCAGCCGCAUCUGAGGCAACGCACUGUCACCACCACCACAACAACAACUUGUGUGGAUGGACACUGGGGGCAGCCUCCCAGCCACAGUUUAUCAAGCGUCAACGGCGAUGCCAGUACGUCAAAGUCCCACGCGGCGCUCUCCAAUGGCUACAUUUGCAGAGACUGCUCUUUACACUCUCCAAAGGUGGACUCCUUUGUCACACAGUCCGCAUCGUCAUUAUUAUCGUCAUCAUCGUCGUCAACAUUUCAAGCUGCCGAACCUUCCACGGACGCCCUCUCGUCAACAUCAUCACCUUUCACCAGUAUUUACAGCAGAGACAGGAGUCGAAGGAACAAGACGGGUGUCCUGGCUUCUAUGUCUAACACGUGUAUACGCUACAGCAAACAAGCCUUGGCCCCCAUAGUGUCCUUAGUCACUGUGCUCUUCAACAGUGUGGUCUGGCUGGGUUCAAGGGCCAAGAGCCAAACAGGAACAGGUGCCUUGACAUCGUUUUCGGACUCUGUGAGACAAGCGGCGUCCUCAAGUUUAUCCCAACUGUGGCUAUUAAAGCAGACCACUCUCCACAGGAUGAUGGGCCAUGGGGCUAAUGGAUAUGAAGGACAAGCUCACUCGAGCUUCUGUGGAAGCAUGAAUGUGAAGGAUCUGGUUACUGAAGAUGCGUCACAUCUUAAUCUCAAUGGCUCCCUGUGUGAUGACUGUAAAGGGAAGCAGGUCUCUGAGACACACACCGUCCUCCUCAAACAGUCCUCUAGGUCCCGCCGACUGGCGGGGGCACUGUGGAGCGUCCUAGUUUAUGCAGGUCACUGCCUCCUCCAGCCAGGUUACUGUGUGAUGAGAGCAGGCAAAGCUUUAGGUUCAGGUGUAGGGACGGUAGCACAAAGGGUGCUCUCACUGUUCUGGAUGCUCCUGGCGGCUCCAGUGAAGGCAGGCAAAGGACUUCUGUGGUUUCUUGCAACAGGAUGGUACCAGCUGGUGUCUCUCAUGUCUCUGCUCAACGUCUUCUUUCUAACCCGAUGCCUUCCCAAACUCUGGAAGCUCCUGUUGUUGCUUUUGCCCCUUUUGCUCCUCCUUGCCUUGUGGUUGUGGGGUCCAUCCACUGCUGCCCUGUUUGCCUACCUACCAGCCAUAAACCUAACAGAGUGGCGUCCUGCGUCUUCCUUCAACUUCUUGUCAAAUUUGGUACCAGUUCCCGCUUCUGUACCUGGCCCUGCACCAGAGGCUCCAAUGGAGCAGACCCCAGCCACCCCAGUUUCACAUGCACCGCCAGUCCUUCCCCCUGUGGCAGUCUCCAGUGUGGACAUGGAGCGUCUUGAACGCGUCGAGCGCCAGCUAGCCCUGCUGUGGGAGCGAGUCCAGCAGGGAGACCAGAAGCAGGAGCAGCGCCAUGACAACAUUUUGGGUCUCUACAGCACCCUGAGGGAGCAGCUCCAUACGCAGACUGACAGGGAGAGCCUAGGACUGUGGGUGGCCUCCAUGCUGGAUCAGAGAAUCGGUGUGCUGCGAGGAGAGCUGGAGCAGGAGAACACACAGAGAGUGCAGGGUGCAGAGCUGCAAAAACAACACCAAGAGAAUCAGGCAGCACGACUGGCUGAUUUAGAGUUACUGCUCAAAGCUCUGUCUGCUAAGACUGAGGAGGUGCAGCAGAAGCAGCAGCAGUAUGAACAUGAGAAGAAGAAAAGAGAGAAAGAAGCUGUCACUUCAGCAGCAGACACAGCUCCUGUGAGUGUGGGGGUGAAGCAGGAGGACCAUGACGCUCUGCUAACAGAAGUACAGAGACUUGAGGUAGAGCUGAGUAAAAUCAGACAGGACCUGCAGGGCGUUGCAGGAUGCAAGGGCAGGUGUGAGCAGCUGGACACGCUGCAAGACACUAUAUCAGCCCAGGUGUCCUCUCAGCUGCGUAGGGAGUUGCAGGCUCUGUUCUUUGGUGGUGGUGCUUCCGGAGAGGAGCAGGGCGAGGUGCCCGAGUCUCUGAUCCACUGGCUGUCCCAGCGCUACGUGAGCACGCCUGACCUGCAGGCUUCUCUGGCCUCACUGGAGCUUAGCAUCCUGAGAAACAUAUCCCAGCAGCUGGAGGUCAGCCGGACCCAGACAGUGGUUGAGGCUGAGUCCAGAGCCAAGAGCAUUGUUCAGACAGUAACCGGAACUGUCCGGCACGCUUCUGCUGCCGAGGGACUGACAGAAGAGCAAGUGAAGCUGAUUGUGCAGAAUGCUCUGAAGCUCUACUCCCAGGAUCGGACAGGCCAGGUGGACUAUGCCCUGGAGUCUGGAGGUGGCAGCAUCCUCAGUACCCGCUGCUCCGAGACAUAUGAAACCAAGACGGCCCUCAUGAGUCUGUUUGGCCUGCCACUCUGGUACUUCUCGCAGUCUCCACGUGUUGUCAUUCAGCCUGAUGUGUAUCCUGGAAACUGCUGGGCGUUUAAAGGCUCUCAGGGCUAUCUGGUGAUCCGCCUGUCCCUGAGGAUCCUGCCCACAUCCUUUGCUGUGGAGCACAUCCCUAAGACCCUCUCCCCAACUGGAAACAUCACCAGCGCCCCACGCAACUUCACCGUCUUUGGUCUAGAUGAUGAGUACCAAGAAGAGGGAAAGCUGCUGGGAAACUACAUAUACCAGGAUGAUGGGGAAUCACUGCAGAUCUUCCCGGUUAUGGAGGAGAAUGACAAGACGUUCCAGAUAAUCGAAGUGAGGGUGUUGUCCAACUGGGGUCACCCCGAAUACACCUGCCUGUACCGCUUCAGAGUCCACGGAGAACCUAGACCUCGCUGAACCAACCACCACCACCACCAUACUCCCUUAUAUAUGAUGCACCACCCCAUCUGUACAUAGCUCUCACUGGCUUAAACCCUUAAAACUGAAGGGACUCUGCAGGAAGUUUGUGGAUGUUUUUGUAUGAAAAGCAAAGAAGAUGUGGAUUGUUUAAAGCAAUGUGCUCGGGCUGAGUCAUGAACGUAGUUUUUUGCGUUAUUUGAAAGAAUCACAGGAAAGUUUGGAUGAAGACUGUUAAAGAUUGAGAGAAUUUGAACCACAGAAGAAGCUAAGUCCCACUGCUACCCUUUUCAAGGCCUCUUGCACUGAAUCAGCCCCCACCCCUGAGGGCACCAAGGCUCGCGUGAGCCGACAAACCCACCAGUCCCCCCCUUGGCACCUUCUACAAGAAGGUGGACGCUUGACAUAGGGAGGGGGGCGGGGUUACAGACUCAUCUCCACCAAUUCUUCACACACUGUAUCUGUCUGAUUUUUUUUUUUUUUCUUAUCUCUGUUUAACUUUUCUUUUUUAAUGUUUCACAUCAGAGUCUACUAUUUUCAGGAUGAAGACCACUGCACCUUUGCCUGAGAUGAUAUCCAGGCAUGUCACUUCCUUUGUUGCUGUCUAGUCUCCACAGUGACUCCUACAGAACUGUUUUGCGCAGUCUGCAGGUCUGCACUCGACGCAUUAGAUCCACUACAUUCUAAUCUUGGCUUCAUGCUUCCAUAUAGCCAUAACUAAGACUUUUAUUUUGGAACUGAACAUGCUGCCUAUGGAUAAGCGCUGAAUGUUUUCUGAAGCGGAGGCUCUGAUGCAAGUUUCCUUUAACUACACAGCAACACUAUAAAACCACUGACCUGAGCUCUAUGUGACUAAAGUAUUAGGAGGAUCCUCACUAUACGUCUCAUUAUGUAGAGACUCGAGUGUUAACUCGUAGACUCAUAGUUUUUACACCAUGAAAUUACCAAUGUUGAACUACUCCUGUCACUAACUUCGCUUUUUCUGUUCUGCUAUCAAGAAGAGGUUCACUGUCUCCCUCUAGCUCAGUUAAUCGUCCUCCUCACAUGAGCUCCCACUAUUCUGAAAACCCUGAAGGAAUGUAAUCUGUAUAUUUUAUUGUUGAUAGCUGAUGCGCUGAUCCUUUAUAAUAUCUCCUUUUAUCAGUGUUGCUUUAUAAAAAACCCAACAUCCUGUCAUUAUUAUUGUACUACUAUUAUUUCUUCUGUUACUCGUGGUAUUUUACUUCUUUCUUGAUUUGAUUUUUGAGGGUGUUCAUUUUAGAGGAUGCUCUGCAAGAACUUGUUAGACAAAUGUUUGUGGCACGGGUCUUCACAAUUUCUUUAAAAUUAAGGGUUCUGUCAUCAAUUUUGGUUCAAAAUAUGGGAAAGUCUAAAUUGUUAUGUGUAAAAAGGAAAAAAAAAAAGACUUUUGUUCACAACCUUAUUUAUUAACAAGUCAAUUAGUGGCUGCAAGGUAAGACUUCCUGCAAUGUAUAUUUUGUUAAAAGCUGUUCAGUGCAUUUUGGAACCAUCUUAGUUCUUUUGUUUGUUUGUUUUUUAAAGAUAAAUGGCUAUUUUUGUUCAGUCAUGAGAUGACUUAACUGCUUUGGAAUAUAUUCCAAUAAAGACUUUAAUUUUGAAGAAAUAAAAACAUCAUGGCUAAAAAUUAC